AGGCCCGCAGCCUCGCCGGGCCGGGCACAAAGAGCCGCGGACGCCCAGCCGGGAUGGGGCGGCUGCUCCGGCGUCGGCAGCGCCCGGCGGGUGCCGGGAUCCGGUGCGGGACGCGGCAAGCGUGCCGGAGGUGGCCCCACGCGGUACCCGGGGCUCAUCGGGGCGCCCCGCUGCACUGGCUCCGGGGGUGCCGGGGGCCGGGAUGGGAUCGAUUCCGGCCGGGAAGCAGUUCCCUUGGAAACGGCCGGUCCCAGUUUCCACCAAUCAAUGUGCCGGCGCGGGCGCGCGGGCUGGGAGGGUCGUGGCCUACAUAAGAGCCCGGCGGGCACCGCGCGCGCCAGUGCGGCGCUGAGCCCCCGGCAGAUGCGCUUGCGAAGCCAUGGCGAGGCUGACGGCGGCCCGGCCCGGCCCGGCCCGCCGCUGGGGCUGCGCCGCUGCCGCCUUCCUCCUCCUCCUCCUCACCGUGCAAGCCGCCCAGAAAGCCGACCUUAGCGGCGACGCCACGGCGGCCACCAUCAACCACUCGCUGACGCUGCUGCAGCGGCUGCAGGAGCUGCUGCAGCACGGCAACGCCAGCGACUCGGUGCUGCGGGUGCGCACGGCCGCCUCCGACGAGGCCAAGGUCUUCCACACGCACCAGCUGCUGCUCGGCCUGCAGAGCGAGGUCUUCGAGGGGCUGCUGCGCAACCAGAGCGUCGUCACCCUGCUCGAGCCGCCCGAGAGCGCCGCGCUCUUCGACAAGUUCAUCAGGUACCUGUACUGCGGCGGCGUCUCCAUCCUGCUGCACCAAGCCAUCCCCAUGCACCAGCUGGCCAGCAAGUACCGGGUGCGGGCGCUGCAGCGCGGCGUCGCCGACUACAUGAGGAGCCACCUGGCCAGCGAGUCGAGCCAGGGCCACGUGGUGGGCUGGUACCACUACGCGGUGCGCGUGGGCGACGGGGCGCUGCAGGAGAGCUGCCUGCAGUUCCUCGCCUGGAACCUGUCGGCGGUGCUGGGCAGCGCCGAGUGGGCCUCGGUGAGCGUGGAGCUGCUGCUGCUGCUGCUGGAGCGCUCCGACCUGGUGCUGCACAGCGAGCUGGAGCUCUACACCGCCGUGGAGGGCUGGCUGGGCCGCCGGCAGCCCGAGGCGCCCGUGGCCGAGCGGGUGCUGCGCGCCAUCCGCUACCCCAUGAUCGCGCCCGGGCAGCUCUUCCGGCUGCAGGCGCAGUCGGCGGUGCUGGCGCGGCACUACGGCGCCGUGCGGGACCUGCUCUUCCAGGCCUUCCAGUUCCACGCCGCCUCCCCGCUCCACUUCGCCAAGUACUUCGACGUCAACUGCAGCAUGUUCCUGCCCCGCAACUACCUCGCGCCCGGCUGGGGCUCCCAGUGGGUCAUCAACAACCCGGCGCGGGACGACCGCAGCACCAGCUUCCAGACCCAGCUGGGCCCCAGCAGCCACGACGCCGGCAAGAGGGUCACCUGGAACGCGCUCUUCUCGCCGCGCUGGCUGCCCGUCAGCCUGCGCCCCGUCUACUCGGACUCCGUCUCGGGCGCCCUGCCGUCGGUGCGCCUCGAGGACGGCCGCCCCCGGCUCGUCAUCACGCCGGCCAUGAGCAGCUCCGACUUUGCCGGCGUCAGCUUCCAGAAGACGGUGCUGGUGGGCGUGCGGCAGCAGGGCCGCCUCUUCGUCAAGCACGCCUACAGCUUCCACCAGAGCUCCGACGAGGUGCCCGACUUCCUGGCGCACGCCGACCUGCAGAAACGCACCUCCGAGUACCUCAUCGACAACUCCCUGCACCUCCACAUCAUCGUCAAGCCCGUCUACCACUCCCUCAUCAAGGCCAAGAAGUAGCGCCGGGGCCGCCGGGCCCAGCUCUGCUCCCGCCGGGAGCCGGGGACGGGGGGGUCCCGGGCGCGGGAGUCGCCAGCCGCGGAGCCCCGGGGCUGGGCGGGCGAGAGGGGGCCGGGCACCCCUCUCCCCUCUUUCCUA